UCCAGGGCAAAGAGCAACACAGAUCUCUCAGGUCAGCAAAAUGACAGCAAUAUUUCAUAUUUUUGAACUGUUUGACAUCAAGAGUUUUUUGCUUUUUCUCUCUAUUUUCCUACUACUGUUUGACUACAUCAAAACCAAACGACCUAAGAAUUUUCCUCCUGGACCGUGGUCAUUGCCUUUUAUUGGAGACUUGCAUCACAUUGACUUCAAGCAAUUCCACCUACAGUGUUCCACGUUUGCUGAAAAAUAUGGCCCCCUUUUCAGUAUUCGAUUUUUUGGACCAAGGAUUGUUAUUAUCAAUGGACAUAAGCUAGUGAAAGAAGCAUAUGUCCUCCAAGGAGAAAACUUUGUUGAUCGGCCAUCCUUACCUAUAUUUGCUGAUGUUUUGGGAGACAAAGGGGUGGUUGGGUCUAACGGAUAUGCUUGGAAACAGCAGAGAAGGUUUGCUCUUCACACCCUGAGAAACUUUGGAUUAGGAAAGAGAAGUCUUGAACCCUCCAUUUUUCAAGAAUGUAGAUAUCUAAAUGAAGCGUUUAUUGAUGAGCAAGGUAAAGUCUUUGACCCACAAUGGCUCAUUAACAAUGCUGUGUCUAACAUCAUUUGUGUGCUGGUGUUCGGGGACCGUUUUGAGUACUCCAACAGCGAAUUCCAGUCUCUCCUGAAGAACAUCAAUGAGGUUGUCUACCUAGAGGGAGGAGUUUGGGCCCAGAUGUACAACAUGUUCCCAUGGCUACUGCGUAGAGUGCCUGGCCCACAUAGGAAAAUAUUUUCUCUUUGGGAUGAAGUGAUUGCCUUUGUAAGGAAAAUAAUUGAGGACCACCUAGCAACCUAUGAUCCCUCAAACCAUAGGGACUACAUUGAUUGUUUCCUUGGAGAAAUGGAAAAGUGGAAGGAUGAUGAAGCAGCAGGCUUUAAUUUGGAGAACUUGUGCUUCUGCACUAUGGACCUGUUUGUAGCAGGAACUGAGACCACAUCUACUACCUUGUACUGGGGGCUCCUCUACAUGAUCAAAUAUCCUGAGAUACAGCGAAAAGUGCAAGAGGAGAUCGACCACGUGGUUGGACCCUCUCGUCAGCCCUCCUUGUCUGACAGGGAGAGAAUGCCUUACACUGAUGCUGUGAUCCACGAAACCCAGAGAUUUGGAAACAUCUUGCCUUUAAACGUGGGCAGAUCUGCUACCAAAGACACCCAAGUUGGCGACUACAUCAUUCCCAAGGGCACAAUGGUUGCGGGCAAUCUGACAUCUGUUCUGUUUGAUGAGACGGAAUGGGAGACUCCUCACACCUUCGACCCAGGUCACUUCCUGGAUACAGAGGGGAAGUUCAGGAGGAGGGAGGCCUUCUUGCCUUUCUCUAUGGGGAAGAGAGUGUGCCUGGGAGAGCAGCUGGCCAAAAUGGAGCUGUUCCUGUUCUUCACCUCGCUCCUCCAACGGUUCUCCUUCUCAGCACCAGAGGGAGUAGAACCCAGUCUGGAUUUUCGACUCGGAGCCACUCACAGCCCCCAGCCCUAUCGUCUCUGUGCUGUUCCUCGUUGAGAUGAUCAA